GCACAGGGAUGGUGGGGGUGGGGUGGCAGCAAAGGUAGGAGAGAGCUGCAGAUACAGGCUAGCAGAAAUUGUGUGUACCAGUCCUCAUCCCUAAAAGGGGCUCGGAGGCAGGAAGACAGGCAAACGAGGGAGCUAGAUUGCAUUGAGGUGGGUGGGUCAUCUCUCUAGGGCAGCCUGAGUUCCAGGUUCCCUACUUUGUGACCGAGGGGCCAUCGUGGAAAGCAUGGCUGCAGUCAUCACUUGGGCCCUCGCCCUCCUCGCAGUGUUCGCAAGCACUCAGGCACGGAAGAGCCUCUGGGACUACUUCAGCCAAAACAGUUGGAGCAAAGGCGUGAUGGGCCAGCCACAGAAGCUGGCACAGGAGAACCUGAAAGGCAGCUUCGAGCAAGACCUCUACAAUAUGAACAAUUACCUAGAAAAGCUGGGACCCUUGAGAGGGCCUGGGAAGGAGCCUCCUCUGCUGGCCCAGGACCCAGAAGGCAUUCGGAAACAGCUGCAGCAGGAGCUGGGGGAAGUGAGCUCGCGCCUGGAGCCCUACAUGGCUGCGAAGCACCAGCAGGUAGGCUGGAACUUGGAGGGCCUGAGGCAGCAGUUGAAACCCUACACGGCGGAGCUGAUGGAGCAGGUGGGCCUGAGUGUGCAGGAGCUGCAGGAGCAGCUGCGCGUGGUGGGAGAAGACACCAAGGCUCAGCUCCUGGGGGGCGUGGACGAGGCGCUGAACCUGCUGCAGGACAUGCAGAGUCGAGUGCUGCACCAUACCGACCGAGUCAAAGAGCUCUUCCACCCUUACGCAGAACGCUUGGUGACUGGAAUUGGGCACCACGUGCAGGAGCUGCACCGCAGUGUCGCUCCUCACGCAGCUGCCAGCCCCGCGCGACUCAGUCGCUGCGUGCAGACUCUGUCCCACAAACUCACACGUAAGGCGAAGGACCUGCACACCAGCAUCCAACGCAACCUGGACCAGCUGCGCGAUGAGCUCAGUGCCUUCAUCCGCGUCAGCACAGAUGGGGCGGAAGAUGGAGAUUCCCUGGACCCUCAGGCUCUCUCCGAGGAGGUCCGCCAGAGACUGCAGGCUUUUCGGCAUGACACCUACCUGCAGAUUGCUGCAUUUACUCAGGCCAUUGACCAGGAGACAGAGGAAAUUCAGCACCAGCUAGCCCCACCCCCGCCUAGCCACAGCGCCUUCGCUCCUGAGCUGGGACACUCAGACAGUAAUAAGGCCCUGAGCAGACUGCAGAGCCGACUGGACGACCUGUGGGAAGAUAUUGCCUAUGGCCUUCAAGACCAGGGUCAUAGUCAUUUGAGUGACCCUGAGGGUCACUCCGGUUAACCCUCCAGCUCAUUGUCUGGACCCUGAGCCGCUAGCAUGGUCUAUUAGGCAGAGGGUGGAGGGUCCUGCACACCACCAAAGGUGCUGCUGUCCCAACCUACCCAGCCUCCUCAACUCCCCUACUCAGGGGCAUUACACUCAGUAGGCUUUGCAAACCCAGCUUCUGGUACUCAUUUGGCAAUCCUAAGUAGCAAGAGUGAGGUGACAGGAGUGGGAGAUGGUGUGUGGGGUGACUGACCGCAAGCCAGUGCUUGACCGUGCUGGAAACCCAUGCCACUACAACCUGGAGUUGGGCUCCUGUUAAUUCUCGCAGCCUGGUGCUGGCUGUUACAGUUGGUCCAUGGAGAGGAACUCCUGUCUCCCCAGGGUUGUCAUGAGAGCUUUUGUUGGAAGGGAGCAGGAGGAGAGCAUGAUGCAGAGAACAUGUGAUGGAGUGUGUACGUCCCUGCCAGUGGUCCUGCUGGUGGGUCCAGUGAUGGGACCGGGCAGAGCCCCUAUUUCCUUAGAGAACUCUGAAUCCAGAUAAGGAACUGAGCCAUCCACACGAUGAAGGAGGGCUUCUAAAAAAAUCCUGUACAGAACAAACUGUGUGCCUUCCUCAUCAUACAGUCCCUACCUCCUGACUCUCAGGGUGGAACUGACUUUUGGUUGGAAUGAAAUAGAUGCUCGUGAUGGAACGUUGUUGGUCUGGCGUGACUCUCAUUGGACCAUGUCUGAGAGCAAUUGUUUCCCCUCUGUCUCAGAACACACCCACCAUCCACUUGUACCCCUCACUUGCUCUUUCUGUCUCUUUUCCAUUCUUGGUCCACUCUGGGCGAGUUCUGCCGUAGGACUCCUGGCUAGACAAUGGCUGUCACAUUUGAUGGGGUUGGGUGGGGAGGAGGCUGUCUUGUUCCACAGUCUACGGAUCACAGGACAGCGUGGAUUAAUUCUCGCAGCCUGGUGCUGGCUGUUACAGUUGGUCCACGGAGAGGAACUCCUGUCUCCCCAGGGCUGUCAUGAGAGCUUUUGUUGGAAGGGAGCAGGAGGAGAGCAUGAUGCAGAGAACAUGUGAUGGAGUGUGUAAUGGGGAAACAUGCUCUCCCUGAAAUCCCUGAAGGAUCCCCUUACCCUUGGUCCCAUGUUCCAGAUUCCUCAUGCCUGCUUGACUCUCUUCUUGGGAUUGAUAAAAACUCUCUCUUUGAGAC